GUGGUUCCAGGGAGAAACUUUGCCAGGACCCACGUAUGGGCACAGCUGUUUUCCCUGAUCAGGAUCUUUGCAGCACCCAACAGGGAAAGGACAUUCCUAAGCAAGAAACACUGCUCAGGAAGUACUGCACCAUGUCUCCAGGUCCCUGAGAAUCAAGUCAGAAAACUGGAAGCAACGGAAAGCACUAUAAGCGCAAUGGCGGCGGCCGCGGCGGAGCAGCAACAGUUCUACCUGCUCCUGGGAAACCUGCUCAGCCCCGACAAUGUGGUCCGGAAACAGGCAGAGGAAACCUACGAGAAUAUCCCAGGCCAGUCAAAGAUCACAUUCCUCUUACAAGCCAUCAGAAAUACAACAGCUGCUGAGGAGGCUAGACAAAUGGCUGCCGUUCUCCUAAGACGUCUUUUGUCCUCUGCAUUUGAUGAAGUCUAUCCAACUCUUCCUUCUGAUGUUCAGACUGCCAUCAAGAGUGAGCUACUGAUGAUUAUUCAAAUGGAAACCCAGUCUAGCAUGAGGAAAAAAAUCUGUGAUAUUGCUGCAGAACUGGCCAGGAAUUUAAUAGAUGAGGAUGGCAACAACCAGUGGCCCGAAGGUUUGAAGUUCCUUUUUGAUUCAGUCAGCUCUCAAAAUAUGGGACUGCGGGAAGCUGCCCUUCACAUUUUCUGGAACUUUCCUGGAAUUUUUGGGAACCAACAGCAGCACUAUUUAGACGUUAUCAAACGGAUGUUAGUUCAGUGUAUGCAAGAUCAGGAACAUCCAUCGAUCAGGACAUUAUCUGCUAGAGCUACAGCUGCAUUUAUACUUGCAAAUGAGCAUAAUGUUGCUCUAUUCAAACAUUUUGCAGACUUGUUACCCGGAUUCUUACAGGCUGUGAAUGACUCAUGCUACCAGAAUGACGAUUCUGUCUUAAAGUCCCUCGUUGAGAUUGCAGAUACCGUUCCAAAGUAUUUGCGUCCUCAUUUAGAAGCUACUUUACAGCUAAGUCUAAAGUUGUGUGGAGACACCAGCCUCAAUAAUAUGCAACGCCAGCUCGCCCUUGAAGUAAUCGUGACCCUCUCUGAGACUGCAGCUGCUAUGUUAAGAAAACAUACCAAUAUUGUUGCACAGACUAUUCCUCAGAUGUUAGCGAUGAUGGUUGAUCUUGAAGAGGACGAGGACUGGGCGAAUGCAGAUGAGCUGGAAGAUGAUGACUUUGACAGCAAUGCGGUUGCUGGUGAGAGCGCUCUGGACCGAAUGGCCUGUGGACUUGGUGGGAAGCUGGUGCUGCCGAUGAUCAAGGAACACAUUAUGCAGAUGCUCCAAAAUCCUGACUGGAAAUACCGGCAUGCAGGAUUAAUGGCCUUAUCUGCCAUUGGUGAAGGAUGCCACCAGCAAAUGGAAGGAAUUUUAAAUGAGAUAGUAAAUUUUGUUUUGCUUUUUCUUCAGGAUCCUCAUCCAAGAGUAAGGUACGCAGCCUGUAAUGCCGUGGGACAGAUGGCUACAGAUUUUGCACCUGGCUUCCAAAAGAAAUUUCAUGAGAAGGUGAUCGCGGCCCUGCUGCAGACCAUGGAGGACCAGGGCAAUCAGCGAGUGCAGGCCCAUGCUGCUGCCGCUCUGAUCAACUUCACUGAGGACUGUCCCAAGUCACUGCUUAUUCCAUAUUUAGACAAUUUGGUGAAACAUCUACAUUCCAUCAUGGUACUUAAACUUCAAGAGUUGAUUCAGAAAGGCACCAAGUUAGUUCUGGAACAAGUUGUGACAUCUAUCGCAUCAGUUGCAGAUACCGCAGAGGAAAAAUUUGUCCCCUACUAUGACUUAUUUAUGCCAUCACUAAAGCACAUCGUCGAGAACGCAGUUCAGAAGGAACUCCGACUUCUCAGAGGAAAAACUAUUGAGUGCAUCAGCCUCAUUGGUCUAGCCGUUGGGAAGGAAAAAUUCAUGCAAGAUGCAUCAGAUGUGAUGCAGCUCUUGUUGAAGACCCAGACGGACUUUAGCGAUAUGGAAGAUGAUGAUCCCCAGAUCUCUUACAUGAUCUCAGCAUGGGCCAGAAUGUGCAAAAUUCUUGGAAAAGAAUUUCAGCAGUACCUUCCAGUGGUUAUGGGGCCUUUAAUGAAGACCGCUUCAAUUAAGCCUGAAGUAGCCCUUUUAGAUACCCAAGACAUGGAAAACAUGAGUGAUGAUGACGGAUGGGAGUUUGUGAACCUUGGAGAUCAGCAAAGUUUUGGUAUUAAAACUGCAGGACUGGAAGAAAAGUCCACUGCUUGUCAGAUGCUGGUUUGCUAUGCUAAAGAGUUAAAGGAAGGCUUUGUGGAAUACACUGAACAAGUUGUCAAACUGAUGGUCCCUCUACUGAAAUUUUAUUUCCAUGAUGGUGUUCGAGUGGCGGCAGCAGAAUCCAUGCCUCUUCUCCUGGAAUGUGCGAGAGUUCGUGGUCCUGAGUAUCUCACACAGAUGUGGCAUUUUAUGUGUGAUGCUCUAAUCAAGGCCAUUGGCACAGAACCAGACUCAGAUGUCCUCUCAGAAAUAAUGCAUUCUUUUGCAAAGUGCAUUGAAGUAAUGGGAGAUGGAUGCCUUAAUAAUGAACAUUUUGAAGAAUUGGGAGGCAUAUUGAAAGCUAAACUCGAAGAACAUUUUAAAAAUCAAGAAUUACGGCAAGUUAAAAGACAAGAUGAAGACUAUGAUGAACAGGUGGAAGAGUCACUACAAGAUGAGGAUGAUAACGAUGUUUAUAUUCUGACCAAAGUGUCAGACAUUUUACACUCAAUAUUCAGUAGCUACAAGGAAAAGGUGUUACCAUGGUUUGAACAGCUGCUCCCAUUAAUUGUCAACCUAAUUUGUCCACAUAGACCAUGGCCAGACAGACAAUGGGGAUUGUGCAUCUUUGAUGAUGUCAUAGAACACUGUAGUCCAGCCUCUUUUAAAUACGCAGAAUAUUUUUUAAGGCCGAUGCUCCAAUAUGUGUGCGACAGCAGCCCCGAAGUGAGGCAAGCAGCUGCGUAUGGCCUGGGUGUCAUGGCACAGUACGGUGGAGAGAACUACCGGCCUUUCUGUACAGAAGCACUUCCACUGCUGGUAAGAGUUAUUCAGUCUGCUGAUUCUAAGACCAAAGAAAACGUCAAUGCCACAGAGAACUGCAUCUCAGCAGUGGGGAAGAUUAUGAAGUUCAAGCCUGACUGUGUGAACGUGGAAGAAGUCCUGCCUCACUGGUUGUCUUGGCUUCCACUUCAUGAGGAUAAAGAAGAAGCUGUUCAGACUUUCAAUUAUCUGUGUGACUUGAUCGAAAGUAAUCAUCCAAUCGUUCUUGGCCCCAACAAUACCAAUCUGCCCAAAAUAUUCAGUAUAAUUGCAGAAGGAGAAAUGCAUGAGGCAAUUAAACAUGAAGAUCCUUGUGCCAAACGUCUGGCUAAUGUAGUCCGCCAAGUACAGACUUCUGGAGGAUUGUGGACUGAGUGCAUAGCACAGCUCAGUCCCGAGCAGCAGGCAGCCAUACAGGAGCUCCUGAACUCUGCUUGAAGGGCCUUAAUAUCACCACCAGAAAACUAACUCCAAAUAAACGUUUACCCUUUUGUUUA